CUGGAAUGGAGACUGAGGUGUCAGAGGCGGGCAACCCCUAUUCAGCAGAAGGCGACAGCCUGCUGCUGGACCCGGACCUGUACGAUGCGGACACCUACGAUAUUCCGGAUCCAGGGCUGCUCAAGGAAAAGAAUGAGCUGUUUGCGGAGCCCAUGCCACGGCUUUUCACCAGCAGCUCAUGGUGGCAGAACCAGACUCCACGUGCUCGUGCCCGCCAGCUGUGGCUGCUUCUCCGUGGGGGCCUCCAUGACUUCGUGGAAAAGGAGAAGAGAAGUGAGCUGUGUGUGGCGCGUUUGACCCAUGGGCUGGAGCUGCUGCGCCAUCUGAGAGUGGCAGCUGGGCCGUGCUCAGUGGCACAGGACCCCGCGGGCGGACGCUUCGUGGUGCUGGACAGUGCAGGCCACCUGCACGUGCACAGGGAGGACGGCUGGGCUGACAAGAAGCUACGGGCCCCGGCCAUGCUCACGGGACUGGUGGCAAUGCAGGGCCCACAGGACACCACGAGCCGCUUUGUGGGUUGGGGCCCCGAGGGGCUGGCCAUCCUAAGGCCUGACCUCAGCCUGCUGUGGCUGAGUGAGCCAGGGGUGGCCAGGGGGCCGGGCCACGAGCCCAUCUGCGGUCUGCCAGUGCCCAGCCUGGGGCUGCUGCUAGUGGCAGAGGCAGGUAGCAGCCUGGUGCUCUGGGAGUUCCGUUCGGGGGGUCGCCGCCUGGUGCCGCGUGGGUCACCUCUGCAGCUGCCAUCAAGUCCUGCAGGGACACUCACCCGUUUGGUUCUGGGACCCCCACAUUCCCACCAAGUCCCAUGCUGCUUCGCGGCCUACGGCUCAGCCGUGCUCACCUUCGAUCUGCACACCUGGGCUCUCGUAGAUGUGCGCCAGGACCUGCACAAAACCACUAUCUGGGAUGUGGCCUACUGCCUAGAGGUGGGAGCAGUGGUGACAGCCUCUCAAGACAGCACAGUGAAGGUGUGGGAGGCGGACUGGCAGAUCCGGAUGGUGUUCAUGGGCCACACAGGCCCAGUGACCGCUCUGGCAGUGCUCCCGAACACAUCCCGGGUGCUUUCGGCCUCGCGGGAUGGGACGCUGCGCACAUGGGACCUGCAGACGGCGGCACAGGUGGACGAGGUGGCGCUGGGCCCGGGCGCCGCGUGUGGGCUCGUGACCCGCCUGCUGGCGCCCGCUGGCCCCGGCUGGCCGGUGCUCUCCCUAAGCACCGGCGGCGUGGACCUGUGGCGCCUCCGCGAGCUCUACUCACCGUUGGCGCAGCUGUCAGCGCCGGUGCUUCACCUGCAGCUGGUGCCCGCGCUUCCCGCGUCCGCGCACCCGCUCCUGCCGGCGCGCCUCCUGUGCACCUGCGCCGACGGCUCGGUCUACCUGGUGGCGGCGGCGACCGGGCGCACAGUGAGCGCGCUGCUGCUGGAGCCCGACGACCGCGCGGCCUCCGUGCUCUACUGCCUCCCGCGCGAGGCGCUGUGGCUGCUGACGCGCGCCGGCCACCUGGUGUGCGCGGACGCGGCGCGCUGCCCCAUGCGCGUGCUGCGGCGCGUGUGCCCGCCCGCCGCCCCCGCGCGCAGGCCCUGCUGCCUGCACCUCUACAGCCACCUCACGGACCCCGGCGGCGCGCGGGCCAGCUGGCAGGCCGUGUGCCGGCGUGCGGGGGAGCCGGGCCGCCGCGACGCGCCGCGGGCCUGGAAGGACAAGAACCGGUACCUACCCAUGCUGGGGCACACGGAUGGCACCCUGUCCGUCCUGGAGUGGCACAGCUCGAAGACCGUCUUCCAGACCGAGGCGCAUAGCCCGGGCCCCGUCACCGCCAUCGCGUCUACCUGGAACAGCGUCGUGUCCUCAGGCGGAGAUCUGACGGUGAAGAUGUGGCGCGUCUACCCCUACGCCGCCGAGGAGAGCCUGAGCCUGCUGCGCACCUUCUCCUGCUGCCACCCCGCCGUGGGGCUCUGCGCGCUCGGCCGGCGCAUCACGGUGGCCUUUGAGGACCCCGACAGCGCCACCUACGGCUUGGUGCAGUUUGGCCUGGGCGACAGUCCCCGCUCUGAUCACCGGCCCCAGGAUGACCCUACGGACCACAUCACCGGCCUGUGCUGCUGUCCCUCGCUCCGCCUGUACGCCUGCUCCAGCCUGGACUGCUCCGUGCGCAUCUGGACCGCGGAGAACCGCCUGCUGCGGCUCCUGCAGCUGAAUGGCCCCCCUCAGGGCCUGACCUUCAGCAGUGAUAGCGGGGACCUGGUGUUGGCUCUGGGCUCCCAGCUCUGCCUGGUGUCUCACAGGCUUUACCUGCCCACAUCGUACCUGGUUGAGAGCCUGUGCCAGAAGGUCCCUGAUGUGGUGCCUGACCCUCCACUGCCACUGACCAGCCAGGAGUCGCUGACCUCCACCCAGCUGCAGAGGCUCGCCAACCUCCAGGGGAUGCCCGGUCUUAGGUCUGCUGGCAGCCCAGCUGAGCUGUCCUGCAGGCCCCCGCCCACCUCCCCUGAAUCAGGGCCUGGCUGUCCCCCAUCCCCUGCCCCACCCCCGCCCCGUGAGCCAAACCCAGCCCUGACAGCUGUCCUCCUGCCAGAGGCCUGGCCGGCCCCAGCCCCAGCCCCAGCCCCGGCCCCGGCAUCCCCCAACCCACCUGGUGAAGACACUCAGUGUCGCACCUGUGCCCAUCCUGUCUGCAGCCCGGACUCAUCUUCCGUCCGUCACCAGACAGCGACACCUCCGCGGCCAGUGUUGGAGGAGGACUUGGAAGCCCUCGCUGCCCGGGACCGAGACCUGCAGCAGCUGAGGCUGGGCCUGGGGGUCCCCGCAGCCCCCCACCCACCCCCCUGGCAACAGCGGCAGGAGGCCUUCGACAACUACUUGCGCCUGAUCUAUGGCCGCAGUUUGCUGGACGUGCCUUCUGGAAGAGAGUUCCGGCAGUGGAGCACCACAACCCUCACUGUGGAGAGAGAGACCUGGGACGUGUGCACUGUACGCAGAGUGGCCAGCGGUCUUUGGCAGCCGGGGGUCUGCGCUGAAGGCCCGACGGCACCCACAGCCCUCGCCCGACAGGAGCCGGGAGCCAUGGGCCGGCACUUUGCCCAUCGUCGCCGAGUCCCCUUACCUACCCCAGCCACACGCCGGAGCAUGCACAGCAGGGCAUCCCAGCUGCUGGCCCGCUCCUCGCUGAGCAGUAACCUGGGCCUCAGUCUGGACCUGCAGCUACAGUGGGAACGACUCCGAGGGAAGAAGCCUGUAGUCCCCGACUCCCCACCCCUCCACCUACAGCACAGGGUCCCCCUCUUGAAGAAGAGGCGGCCCAAUGAGCCUCUUUCCAGUCUCCGAGGCUUUUUUCCUGCCACCAUUCGGCCCUACAAGGACUUGCGGCGGCCCAUUGGCUUCCCCGGCAGCGUGCCCAACUCGGUUGUGCUGUGCCAGCUGUGGCUUCAGCAGGAGGUCAGCAGCCCCGGCGCCCUCGCCCAGCUCACCAGCCACCGCAGGCCCAAGCCAGGAAGGCACCAGGACGACCUAUGGCAGCUGUGGCGCAUCAGGCAGCCGGGUGCCAAGGGGCAGCAGGACCUGACCCAGUGGCUGGGGGAAGAGGAGCAGGAGGAGCGCUCCCUGGACUGGCUCUCAGACUCCCUGAGCCCACACGGGGAGCUCUCUGAGUCGGAGGAGACGGAGGCUCAGAGCUCGGAGUACUUGACCCCGAAGCGCACGCACUCUCGCACCCGCACCGCAGCGGGGCCCAAGACCGGCCUUCGCCAGCCUUUGCACUCCUAUGGGCGCGCGCUCCGGGAAGAGCGCUCCAGGUAUCUGCCCAGGCUCCUGCAUUUCUUCGUCGGCCAGAACUGGUUCAAAGAGCUCUUCCCUGUCUUCACCUUGGAGGCCUACCCCGAGGUGGGCACGGCGGAGGGCCUGGCCUCAAUGUUCAUGGACGCGCUGUUCGAGGCCUCUUGGACGGACCGCGUGCACGUCUUGAGGGCGCUGCUGAGGCUGCUGCCCGACCUGAGCAGAGACCUCCAUAACCGGCUGCAGGGCCUCCUGGUGGGCCUGCUCAACCUGGACCAGCCCCCCAGUCUCGAGGACCCGACGCAGAAGGAGUUCGUGAUGCUGGCGCUGCAGCUGCUGCUGGCCUGCUCCCUGGAGUCGCGCGAGGUGGUGCUGGAGCUUCUGUCGUACUUCCUCUACUCGCCAGCCUCCUGCCGGCCCGAGCUCAGGAAGCUGCUGGACGGGCUAGGCCUUCAGGACCCGCAGGGCUUCCUGUUCAAGGAGAUGAUGACCUGGGUGCGGGCCCCGGACGUCGACUCCAAGGCUGCCCUGCGCAAGCACUGCUGCCACAAGCUGGAGGAGAUGAUCCGAAGGCUGCAGAUGCAACGCUUGCAGCCUUCCAUGGCCAAUUUGUCAGAGAUGCUGCCGAAGGUGUCCCAGACUGCGGUGUUUCUGCCUCCUCCCAAGGAGGCCCUGGCACGGAUCUCGGGGCUCGCUGGGUCAGCUCCCGUCUCGGGGACAGCCCCGGUCCGUUCCUGGGUGUCCUCUCUGGUGGUCUCGCCCCGGGAGCUGGACUCAGUGGUCGUCCAGUCCCGAGCCAAGCUGAUGCCUUCGCCAAGGCGCCUGGGGCGGACCAAACGCGGGCUCUCGGAGGCGCUGUCCCACUUCUGGCCCCCCGAGAUCUGUGCAUGCACUUCAGCACCCGACGUGCUGCCGGAAGAGCUGCCACCACUGGAGCAGACAGACUGGUCCCGGUCACAGAUGCUGGACCUGGGGACCAUCGACGCGCUCAACUUCUUCUGCAAGCAGCUGCAGGCACGGGCUCAGCUGCAGGGUCUCCCGCAGGAGCAGCUUGAGAGGCUGCGCCCGAGCCCGUGCCCCCUGGAGUACAACACAGUACUGCCACAGCCCCGGGAAUGCUGGCACUAUCCCAUCCUCCGGCUUCAGGAGGCCAAGGUCCAGAAGUCUCCAGUGAGACUGAGGGGCUGGAAGCGGUCCCGGUUCUGGGUGAGCCGAAAUGUCAGCGGCUCCAUCCGGAUGCUGAAGCUGCCCCUGCCGAGGGCAGAAGUCCAGCCUUUCCCCCCAGACUGGCCCAGGCCUGCCCGGCCACUGCCCCCGCUGCUCCUCCAGCCGGCCUUGCAGCGCUACUUCCUGCCGGAAGAUACGGACCCCGACAGCUACAGCUGACCAGGCUGCAGGCCCAGGCUCUUCCCUCCCGCACGGAGCCAAGAUGUGGCCCUCCAGCCAGUUGCUCUCCCCUGGAAAUAAAGUCUAGAGGUUGUGGCCAGAGAAA